UGGAGGCUAUAAAUGCCGCUACCGUUAAGUACUGUCAAGUUCUGUUAGUGAGUGCAUCGGUACCACAAUGCCAAGGAAACUCCUCCAAACGAAAAAGUCGAUCUGUAGUCCGGCACCAUUCAGCGAUGAACCGGAAGCCGUUCGGAUUAGAGAAAUGUGCGAUUACUCUCAGCGGAUAACCUAUGAAAUGGCCUACAGCGGUAAAGCGCCGCGUCCGGUCAGGGUAUAUGCCGAUGGAAUUUACGAUCUGUUUCACCAAGGACACGCCAGGCAACUCUUGCAGGCCAAAAACGUUUUUCCUAAUGUCUACCUCAUUGUCGGAGUUUGCAACGACAAGCUCACCCACAGCUACAAGGGUAGAACCGUGAUGAACGAAGCCGAGCGCUACGAGGCCGUCAAGCACUGCCGCUACGUGGACGAGAUCGUCCCCGACGCGCCCUGGGAGGUAGACGAAGCCUACAUGCUAAAACACAAAAUCGACUUCAUAGCGCACGACGACCUGCCGUACGGAACCGACGACAGCAACGACAUCUACGCGCCGUGGAAGGCGAAAGGCAUGUUCGUGGCCACCGAGCGCACAGAGGGCGUCUCCACCUCCGACAUCGUCGCGCGGAUCGUCCGCGACUACGACAUCUACGUCCGACGGAACCUGGCCCGGGGCUACUCGGCCAAAGACCUCAACAUCUCCUACCUGAGCGAGAAGAAGAUCCGCCUCCAGAACAAGAUGCAUGAACUCAAGGACAAGGGGCGGCGGGUGAUAGACACCAUCGGCGAGCGCAAGGACGACAUGAUAGCGAAAUGGGAGGAGAAGUCGCGGGAGUUCAUCGAGAACUUCCUCCUCCUGUUCGGGCGGGAGCGGCUCACCAACAUCUGGAACGAGUCCAAGGGGAAGAUCAUGAACGCGCUGAGCCCGCCGAGCUCGCCGCUGCCGCCGGCGUCGCCGACGUCCAGCAACGGCGACUGCGACUUCGCCGAGGACGGGAUUCCCCCGAGGAAGAACGCGCGGUACGAGUCGCCGUCGCCGUCGUCGUCGCGGACUAAGUACUUCGGGGAGGACUACAGCGACGAGGAGGAUUGUUUGUUGCAGAACGGGCUUAAGCAGUAAUGCGGUUGUUUUAACGUGAAAUUUUGUGUAUAUUUGUCACGAAUUAAAUUAUUUUAAUAUUUAUUGAGAGGCGAGACGGUUAUUUAUUGCUUGUUGGCGGGCCGCGGUUUGCCGCCGCGGUACCUCGAGCCGUCCAGCGGGACGUUGGCGGGAAAUCGCGGCCCGCGUUUGGUUACACUAGUUCACUGUUCUCUUUCGUUCAUAUGAAACAUACUUAUGAAGCAUUGCCAAAAUUAUGUGCGCGUUUCAAAAACAAGGUCGUUUUGUUUUUGCGAGUCCGAGUUCCUCUUUAUUUCGUACGUAAACUUUUUCUGUGUUAUUUCCGAGCGGGGUUAGCUAGGAGCGAGUCAUUAGUUUCAUGAUAUUAGAUCAAGUAUUAACUUAAAGUGAUAAAGUACGUUUAUAUUCUCCACGAGCGUGGUUACAAUACUGCAGAACUGAUAACAGCUUUAUUAUUUGUUGUACGUCAUUAUUAAACCUGGAUGUGAUCUACAAAUAUGAUCCUAUUUUUGUAGACUAUUUACAAGCACUUUGUUUUGUAGUAUAGGAUUAUAGCAAUUAAAUGAAAAUAUACUGAACCUAUGCCAAAGGCGCGUUAGAAAGAUUCCACUUUUUCAAUAAUCAAAACUCGAUACAAUUCCAAGAGAUUUUUAACGGCGCUUUGGCAUAACUUGUUUAGCACGUUUGCAAAUAUUGCGAUUGUUUGCGGUUUUAGCAAUACACACCAAAUUGAAUUGCAAUUGACACCUUUUAUCGUGCGAAUCCCGUGGGACGUGGAUGGCGGGUACGUGGAUUUGCAUAGAGGAACUGUAUUGCCGAGUCUGUAUGUAUAUUUUAACAAUAAAGUCUUUUAUUUAA